GUUGCUUCUGUGCGUCAACGAUGCCAAUGUUGCACCGAGUCAUCCACCUGGUGGUGCAUUAUCUGAGAGGACUCUUAGGAGCACGAUGGAGAAGUUCAAGAAGCGGUUCUAUAAGAUGGCAGUUAUGCUUUCUUGCCAUGGUGCUCAGUCCAGUGACGUGUAUGCACCUGGUAGCCGCGCCGCCAGAGCUAAUAAACGGCAUUAUGUCCAGAAUGAAGAGGACAUAGAGGAGGAGGUCAAUGAAGAGGAGCCAGCACAUCAAGAGGAGCCAACACAUCAUGAUGAGCAUGAGUAUGAUGCAACACAUCAAGAGGAUCAUGAGUAUGAUGUUGAUGCUCCACAACCAUCACAGGUUACACAACUGACACAAGGCAAUGCCCGCUCUAAAAAAAGGCAAAGCAAUAGCUAAGACACCGGGCCAGAAAGGUAGAAAGAAGAUAUGGAACACUCAAUUCCGUAGUCCGGAGUAUGCUCAUCAAUUUAUGCCUACGGGAAUGCAAAGAUAUAAGUCCAACAAUGAUGCGGAGGCGGAGGAGGCUAGCAAGAGGAGGAGCAUGAGGCUAGCGAAGAGGAGGAGCAUACACUUGCAGAUAUCGUGAAGAGAGGAAGGAAGAAGUGAGCUUGUUGUAGUUUGUUUCAAUGAGCUUAUUCUAGUUUGUUUCGAUGAACUUGGUGUAUUCUCUUUCCAUGAACUUGUUGUCGUUUCUUUCCAUGAACUUGUUGCCGUUCGAAUUAAG